UAAAGGCAGUUUGUCUUACCGACCCGGCAACCCCUGCUCGACCGCUUGCUGUCCCCGUCCUCCCCGCAAGGCCGGAAAGCCAGCUCCGAUGCUCUCCGCCACCACAGCCUGCCUUCCCCUGCUUCUCCGCCGCUCGCCGCGGCCCACCCCCUUGAGUUCCUCCCAUGAUUUCCAGGGUUUGGCGAGCCCUACCCACCCGCGGCCCCGCCGGCGGACUUUGGCCUGCCGUGCGGAGCUACAGCAGGACGCGCCGUUCGUCGCCGCCAUGGGCGCUUGCGUGCUCGCUUCCCUCGCGCUCCCACAGCCCAGGAUCCGAGGAGAGGCUGGGGAAGAGGAGGACGAAGGGGGGUUUGGCGCGACGGACACGAGGAUGGGCGUGAUGGGCAUCAUCUCCUUCCUGCCGUACUUCAACUGGCUGAGUUGGGUCUUCGCGUGGCUGGACAGCGGGAGGAGGUUGUAUCUGGUCUACGCGGCCGUCUACUUGGCUCCUUAUCUUAGAACGAACUUAUCGCUGUCCCCUGAUGAGAGCUGGUUACCUAUCGCUAGCAUCUUCAUCUGCAUUUUGCAUGUUCAGCUGGAAGCAGGCAUCAGGAGUGGUGAUAUUGAGGGCUUCACGUUUGUCGAAAAAGCACAGAAGCUUCUCUUUCCCAAUCCUAUGAAAGCAAAGGAUGGUCACCGUGGGAAGAAGAGAGAAUCUCUCAGAACGGGCCACCGGAGCAACACGAGAAUACCUUCAGCGCAUGAGUCUAGAGAGAAGCUUCGCAAUUCAGAUAUCUUCAAGAGAAAACUUGAUGAGCCCAACGACGAGAAACAAAAGAAAUCAGACUGGCAUUGAAAGCGAUAGGGCUCCGUUCUCGUUCAUGGCAAUGAAAAGGUUUAGCGGAGAUGCAUGUAUCUGCAGAAAGUCAUGUGUGGGUUGAAGCUGAAGUUGUAGUAUCCUUGUUAUUGCGAAUUGGUCUGUAUUUUCAGAUUUGUUGUGUUGAAUUAGGUACUAGGAGUAGUUAGUUUCCAAUAAAGUGUGCGACCUGCUCAAGCGGGCAACCAAGGGUACCUUGACAUGCUGUAACUUCAGUGCUCUGGAGAUUCUGUAUGAUGUUGUAGUGUUGGCAUAAUAUUUGUACUCUCUCUGUCCAACAAAAGAUGUCUCAACUUUGACCAAAUUUGAAUGCAUCUAUACGCUAA